AUGGUGGUGUCUUCGAGCCGAAGCUCGGUUACAGAUCUCAGCGAUUCGGUUCAUCCCAGUGUCUCACAAGAACAUGAACAAGAGAGGACCACCUUCUCCUGCAUCGCGAACCCUUGCAGAGUGAAGCAGGUGGAGAACGCCUUGAACAGCGGCUGCAAGGAGGGCCCCGAGGAGGGAGAGGCUGUGAUUGAGUCUGGCUUGGUUUGCACUACCCAGUGCAAGGAAGGCUUCUACCAGUCAGAUGAUGUCCUGCGCUGCCAUGCAGAGACGCUUUCGCCUGCAACAUUUACCUGCGAAGCCACAUGCGCCGUGCCAAGCGUGUCCAAUGCAGCUGCAGGUGGUAUUUGCAAGGAGGGCAAGGACCAAAUCAUGCCAUUUACGAGCUGUACCACCCAAUGUGCAACUGGCUACACUCCUUCGGUGGAGAAACUGAGCUGCCGCAAUGGGGCUUUCACCCCAGGAUCAAUCCAGUGCAAUCCUGAUCCAUGCGAUGCGCCAACAGGAGUGGAGUUUGGACGCACUAAGGGACCAUGCCAGGAGGGCUGGACUCUAACUUCAGGGUCUGCGUGCACCACUCAAUGCAGGGCCGGGUAUACACCGUCUAUCGCUUCAUUGGCCUGUAAUGCUGGCACCUUGGCUCCAGCGACUUUCCAGUGCGUACCCAACCCAUGUCCGAUACCAACGGUCAAGAACCGUCUUGGGAACGGCUGCCGUGGGGUUGCUGGAAGCAGCGUCGAGUCGGGAAAGUCUUGCAAAGCCAGCUGCAAAAGUGGCUACACGCCAUCAGUGAAGCAAUUGGAUUGCUAUGCUGAGACCUUGACACCAGAGACCUUUGUAUGCGAACCCAAUCCAUGUUCCAUCCCAGUCGACUCGAACCAAGAGGGGAGUGGCUGCUUGGGUGUGCCUGGCCAAAAGGAUGGGACGGUGAUUGAACAUGGUGAGACGUGCCAAAGUGAAUGCAAAGAAGGCUAUCACCCAUCAGUGGAGAGCAUGAGUUGCAGCCUUGGCACCCUUUCACCUGCCAAGUGGAGCUGCAUUGAGGAUGCAUAUCCAGCUGUUGAAGGCGUUGCCAAUGCUCCCAAAGUCACAUGCAAGGAAGGGAACUCCAUCAAUUCUCAAAAGUCCUGUACCACAAAAUGCCGUGAUGGCUACAAACCCAACUAUGCCUCAUUGACCUGCCGCUUGGGUAAGUUCUUUCCACACACCUACAUUUGUGAGCCGGAGGGCUGCCCCUUGCCGGUGGUCAAAAACCGUUUGACCAGUGGAUGCAGUGGACUUCCCCAUCCCGCCGUGGUCACCUCCGGGCAGAGUUGUUCCGCGCAAUGUGACAAUGGCUACACACCCUCUGUGGCUAGCCUGAAGUGCUUUGCUGGCAAGCUCACUCCAGCGACCUUUGUUUGCAACGAGGAUCCUUGUGAUGCACCUGGUGGCAUCCAGAACGGUGCAACUGAGAGCUGUAAAGAGGGCAAAGAGAUUGCGUCUGGCGACAAAUGCACAAGUCAAUGUGCUGCAGGCUAUGUGCCCUCCACUGCGCAACUUUCCUGUAGCCUUGGGAAGCUUACACCCAGUUUUUACUCCUGCAAUCCUGAACCAUGCACCUUGCCACAGUUCGCGAAUAGGAAAGGCAAUGGUUGCAAGAGCAAGAGUGGUCAGACGGUGGCAUCGGGAGAAACCUGCACUGCAGAAUGUGCUGCUGGCUACACACCUAACGAGCUAAGCCUGAAAUGCUAUGCCGGAGUGCUGACACCCGCAACCUUCAGCUGCUUUCCAGACCCAUGCCCUUUGCCAUCAAUCAGCAAGGCUCAGGGCAAUGGAUGCUCAAACCUCGGCGGGAGCAUGAUCGACUCGGGUCUCAAGUGCGAGGCCGCAUGCCAAACUGGCUAUACUCCAUCGGUGAAAGUUCUGGCCUGCCAAGCGAGCAUUUUGACUCCAGAUACCUUCACCUGCAAUCCGAACGGCUGCACUCUGCCCAAAGUACAAAACCAGGCGGGAAAUGGCUGUCAGGGCAUCAAAGGCAGCUCCAUCGGCUCGGGGAAAACCUGCAAGACGCAGUGUGCCGCAGGCUUUACACCUGACGUGGAAUCAUUGAGCUGCUUUGCAGAGGAGUUGACCCCAAGCACCUUCACAUGCAAUCCAACCCCUUGCACCCUGCCAGCUGUCGCGAACGCGCAGGGCAAUGGUUGCAAAGGCAAAGUGGGUACCGUGAUCGCUUCGGGCGCCACCUGCAAGACUGCCUGCAUGCCUGGCUAUGAAGCCUCUGAAGACAAGCUGGAAUGCUCCGCCGGGAGUUUGUCACCAGCCACCUUCGCGUGUGCAGAGUUGAAGUGUCGGGCACCGACAGGCAUUCCACAUGCACCACAUGUGGGCUGUGCAGAGGGCAGAACGAUCAAAGGUGGCAAGACUUGCACGCCACGCUGCAAUUCUGGCUACUCACCAUCGGCAGCUUCGCUGGCUUGCAAGCAAGGAGUUUUUGAGCCCACCUCCUAUGGCUGUCUUCCAGGCUCUUGCAGUAUACCUCAAAUUUCGAAUGCUGCGAGCCCCAAGUGCGAGCAGGGCGACACAAUUAAGCACGGCCAAAAGUGCACGCCAAAAUGCAAGCCAAACUAUAUUCCGUCAAAUUCGGGCUUGACAUGCACGGCUGGCAAUUUGGAACCUACAACCUUUACAUGCAAGGCUCCAUGCGCAUCUCCUAAUGUAGCAAAUGCAGCCCAGCCCUGCAAAGAGGGCAACCUCAUUGAGCAUGGCAAAUCAUGCAGUUCACAGUGUGACGUAGGGUUUUCAGCCACUAGCGGCUCCCUGGAGUGCAAUGACGGCCAGCUGGGCGGCGCGAUCACCUGCCAGAUUGACAUGCCGGAAUCGGGUUCCAACUUUUACAACUGCUGGUCUGGUGAUCCACAUUUCACCUGUCGAGGCGGCCGGAGAAGCGACCCCUUGGUGCCGGGGACGCAUUGGGUGCUGAAGCAGGCAUGUCCCAACAGCCCGAACUUCAUGUGGGUCCAGGGCGUUUAUGGUCCUGUCAGCCCCUCCGGGGCGAUGGCCACGGCGUUUGGUGGGAUGUUCUUGGGCAAGAACAUCCUGACGAUCCGAGCGGCAGCCAGGCCAAAUUGGAUUGUAAAGUGGAAUGACAAGAACCUCGACAAAGCCUGGAAGUUGAAGUCUGGCCGACGGCGGCGAAGGCGACGCGGCAAGGCCAAGUAUGUCUAUGACCUAUAUGGCACUGAGCUCUCUGUCUAUAUGAACGGGAACAAAAUUGAGGCUGGACUUGGUUACGGGGUCACAUACAAAGCACACCGUCACCGAUGGAACCGCCAGAAUUGGAAGAUCAGUGGGCUCUACUACACAGAUUAUUACCAGUCCAACCAGUUGUGGACGAAAUUGUGCAAAGACGGCAGCUACGGUGGUGAAUCGAUCGACCUGCCGCACCCCCGGCACCUCUACCGGCCCGCGGGCGACGAUCGCAUGGUGAGCACAGCCUAUGACUUGUUCCAGCAGACCAGGGCCACAAUAGAAACCAAGUUGAAUACCAUGACCACCGCAGCAAGCUUGUUCGCGGAAGAGGAAGUCAUGGAGGCCAACAUGUCUUUGGUGAAGAAAGCGCAGCCCUGCACCGGAGCGGCCUUGGAGGCAGCAGAAAAAUCCUGCGCGGUGCUGAAGAAAGAGACCACAGAGGAAGAGAAGGAGGAAAUUGAAGAGGAUGAAGAAGCGAAGGACAAUCAGGAAGCGACCUACCAGGCCUGCGUGGCAGAUGCUUGCAUGACUGCCAGCAACGAUUUUGGAGCAGCCGGUCAAGAUGUGGAGGAAGAGAGCGAAAUGCAGGCCGCCUUGAAGCACAAGAAGGAGUUUCGAGUGGUGGCAGAAAACGGAGCCUGCUCAGAAGGAUGGCUGGCCACUGAUCCAAACGAGAACAUCCUUUCAGAUGAAGAGAAGACUCGGGCACAGCAGAAGAAGAAUAAUUGCACCGUUGCCUGCAAACUUUGUCGACCAGAGCGACGACGCUACCUCGCGGGACCGUUGGUGCUUCACAAUGAGACGCGAGAUGCUUGCAUUGAUCAGCGCUUGGCCAUGCCAAAGAGCCAAGAGGACAAGGAGCGAUUGUGGACUCUUCAAAAGCAGCAUUGCACUGCGGACAAAGCCUGGGUAGGUGCAAGAUACACCGGAGGCGGAUGGAAGUGGGAUGAUGAAUCCGCUGUCGCUGGUAUCCAGGCUUCUGGCACUGAAGGCGACUACUUAUGCAUUGACAAGGAAGAAGGGACCUUGGUCAAUUGCGAGCAUAGCACCUCGGAAAAGAACGACGCGCUUUGUGAAGGGGUUUGGUACUAG